GUAGAGUCAAGAUGGCGGCCGAGGGCGAGUACGAGUCGAUCCUGUGCAUGAAACCCGAUGUCAACGUUUAUCGCAUCCCGCCGCGAGCUUCUAACCGCGCAUACAGGGCAGCUGACUGGAAGCUGGAUACUCCAGACUGGACUGGUCGAAUGAGGGUCACCGCCAAGGGCCAAGUGGCAUACGUCAAACUGGAGGACAAGGUCUCAGGGGAGCUGUUUGCCCAGGCACCACUAAGGGAGUAUCCCGGCGUUGCGUUGGAAACGGUCAGCGACUCCAGCCGAUACUUUGUUCUGCGGAUAGAGGAUGACAACGGUCGCAGUGCUUUCAUAGGAGUUGGCUUCGGGGACCGAGGGGACGCUUUUGAUUUCAACGUGGCUUUGCAGGACCAUUUCAAAUGGGUGAAACAGGACACUGAAUUCAGUAAAAGCGCCCAGCUCGGGGAUUCAGGACCAAAACUGGACUUGGGCUUUAAAGAGGGACAGACCAUCACACUCAACAUAGGACAAGGUAAAAAGAGGGAUAAGCCCCGCCCACAAGGCGCAGGUGGGUUUGGACUGCUCCCACCACCACCUGGAGGAAAGAUAGCCCCUCCUCCUUCGUCAGGCUCAUCCAAUCACAACAUAGAAACAGACUGCCUGUUGGAGCUGGACAGUAGUAACUCUAACACAGUGGUUCAGUCAAACGCUAGUUCAGAUCUUUGGGGAGACUUCUCCGCUCCGGCAAGCUCCGUUCCACAACAAUCCCAACCACAGAACUCCGGAAACUGGAUCCAGUUUUGAGUCGUCGCCGGCUGUUCCGUCCGUUGUGAUUUCCAUCUCACCUGCAUCUGUGUCCGUAGCUUCCCGUGCAUCACACUGAGACUAACUCCCACUCACUGAUCCCAAAGCAGCAGGGACGUGAACCUUCACAGAGCUGUAAAAGCAACUUGCAACAUAAUUUCAUUCAGGAAGAAUUCAAGAGUCCUUUCAAAUUUUCUUGACAGGAAAUGAAGCACUAAUCUGUUUAAAGCCAUUAAAUGAUAUGAGCCAUUUCCCAAAAAAUAUUUAAGGGCUAUGUGUGACAUCCUGAGAAGCAGGUGUUCCUCUUUUACGUGUCUGCAUCACCUCCCCCGGGAGAUGGCUGUCUGAGCAGAGCUUUAUCUUUGAUUUGGAAUGCUUUUCUCAGUGCAACGGCUCCCUCUGCAGCCACUGCAGAGUGCUACAUCUCAGUAACCUGCUGUGAGUAAAUGAGCUGCAAAGCUCCGCUCAAGUGAAGGCUACUUUAACUGUAAGACAGUUUCUUUUCUAAUGAAAUUGGGAUUUCAUAAUUUUCCUGAAAUAAUUUAGAAAUUACAGCAUCAGUCUGUCUAUCUUAUUUUAAUUAUAAGUCCUGAAGAAAGAACGGUUGAAGACUAGGGUUGGGUACUGAAAACAGGUUGCACUAUGGAACCGGUUCCACUACGGAACCGGUAGGAAUUGGGCCGGAUUAGAACGCAAAUUUCGGUUCCUCAUUUCGGUUCCACUAUAAUGUGUCAACUGAAAUAUUUUC